AUGGCUGAUAUAAAGAAAAGACUUGUAUUCUCUAUUUUGCAGUUUUUACAACAGUCCAUUAAGGAUGGAACGAUUAAGGGAGAAGAUACUGAAAGUGUCGACGUAGCAGUGCAAUGUAUCGGUGAAGCUUUCGGUGUGAACACCGAAGAUCCUGAUCAAAAAACUCUUUAUGCCACAAAAGCCCCCUUGUUAUCAAUUUUUGAAGUAGCUGUGAAAGCUCAAGAACGGAUAACUAAGGCGCCAACCCCUAAAACUACUUCAGCUACUGCAACCAAGACGGAGCUCAGUGAGGAACAAAAAAAAAAGGCCGAAGAGUUGAAAGCAGCUGGUAAUGCCAAAGUGUCUGAAAAAGACUAUAAGACAGCAGUGAAAUUAUAUAGUGAGGCUAUUGCAAUCAACGAAAAUAGCGCUAUUUAUUAUGCAAAUAGGGCCGCCGCAUACAGUCAAUUAGGUGAACAUGACAAGGCCAUAGAAGAUGCUAUUAAAUCUUCUCAAAUAGAUCCUUCUUACAGCAAAGCAUAUAGUAGACUUGGUCAUGCUUGUUUCUCUGUCGGAAAAUAUCGAGAAGCGGUUGAAGCAUAUGAGAAAGGCCUUUCACUUGACCCAAAUAAUCCUUCUAUGAAAACGUCUCUUGCUACCGCUGAACAAAAAGCCAGUGAGCUAACCGACAAAGGAUCAUCACGAAGUACGCCCACGUCAGGUGGUGGUGCUGGACUUGGUG